GUGGAACAGGAUCGUUAGGGAUCUGUCCAUCAUCAACAGUAAUUCGUUGAGUUCAGAUAAAAAAAAGUGUUGAAUUAUCUUCGAUUACUCACAAUUCGAAUAUAUUUUGAUCGGUUUUCUUAUACGAAUCAUUGUGAUAUUUUUAUUCAAAUUCUAGCAAUUAUGUGGAACGUCAUGAGUGUUUUGUUUAUGUUUCUGGGUCAACAUUUGUGCUUCAAUGAACUAAGCACUAGAACUUCAUCACAAAGGCUAGAUAAUGUUACGAAGACCAUAUCAGGACUAUUGAAAGGGUAUGACAUUAGAUUAAGACCAAAUUUUGGAGGAGAUCCACUUUUAAUAGGCAUGGACCUUACUAUUGCAAGCUUCGACGCUAUAUCCGAAGUCAAUAUGGAUUACACGAUUACACUAUACUUGAAUCAAUAUUGGAAGGACGAAAGAUUAGCCUUCAGUAACCAGAAUGAAGUUUUGACACUUGCAGGAGACUUCGCUGAGAAAAUUUGGGUUCCUGAUACAUUUUUUGCAAAUGAUAAAAACAGUUUUUUCCACGAUGUCACUGAGCGAAAUAAGCUUGUAAGAUUGGACGGUGAGGGUGGUAUCACCUACGGAAUGAGAUUCACCACCACCCUAGCUUGUAUGAUGGACUUACACUAUUACCCCUUGGAUUCUCAAAAUUGUACAGUCGAAAUAGAAAGUUAUGGUUAUACCGUUAUGGAUGUCGUGAUGUACUGGAAGGACACCCCUGUGAGAGGAGUUGAAGAGGCAGAACUGCCUCAAUUCACGAUAGUUGGCUAUGAAACUAACGACAGAAUGGAGAAGCUGGCUACAGGGAUAUAUCAGAGGCUGUCUUUGUCUUUCAAACUCCAGAGGAAUAUUGGAUACUUCGUGUUCCAGACUUAUCUUCCCAGUAUUCUCAUAGUUAUGUUAUCAUGGGUAUCUUGUUGGAUAAACCAUGAAGCCACUAGUGCCAGAGUAACAUUAGGUAUUACAACUGUUCUUACCAUGACUACCAUAAGCACAGGGGUCAGAAGUUCUUUACCUCGUAUCAGCUACGUCAAAGCCAUUGAUAUAUACCUAGUUAUGUGCUUUGUAUUUGUUUUUGCUGCUCUUUUAGAAUACGCAGCUGUCAAUUAUACAUAUUGGGGUGCAAGAGCUAAGAAGAAGAGUAAAAAGAAUAAAGAACUAGAGAAGAAUAGAACAGCCGAUAAAGUCAAUUCAACAGACCACAAAUUCAACAGUGAUGAUAUCAUAGAACUCGAAGAAGUGAGAAUGAGCCCCAUACCGUCAAUCAGAAAUAAAUAUUCCUCAAGAGGAGAAAUAUUUGACUUUGAUCAAUCUAGAUUUCCUCCAAGUUUUCGUAUAUCCAGAACAACUGGAUACGCAUACAAUUAUCGUACAAAUGGAUUGAGAUACAGGGGCAAUAAAAUAGGGAACAUUCACAAGCCCAAAAUGAUGCAUGCCAUCAAAAAAGGAGCCCUGGUUAUAAAAGCUUCCAUGCCUAAAAUCAGGGAUGUUAAUGUCAUAGACCAAUACUCGAGAAUAGUUUUUCCCAUAUCCUUCACUUUAUUCAACGUUGGUUACUGGCUAUUUUACUAUUUCGAAUGAAAAAAAUGACAUUAUUACUUGUCUCUUGAAGAAUUAUUGAAUGGGGUUAAGGUUAAAGUGAAAGUACAUAAAUAAUAUUAUGUAUGUAUUGAGAAUGCAAUAAGAGUUUCUUUGUUUUCAUACAUGGUAAAUGGAAUCUAAAGAAAAAUAUAAAAAGUAUGGUGAAGAUAUCAAUACUGAAAUAAUGUAAAACAUUAUUUAGAAAAUCAAUUUUCGAUUACUUACUUGUUGCUUCCAAAUAAUGCUAUAUCAAAAAUUUAAAAUAUCACUUGCCUAGAUAUAAACAACAAAAUGUGUCAGUACCGGUUGUUCAAAUUUUAAUUGUAUUGUAUUACAGCAAUACACUGAAUAUUGGUAUUAUUGCUUUUCAAAUAGAUUCAAUCUUCUCAUGAUCAUAGUUUUGUGACAUCUACUUAUGAAAAAACCAAAAUGAGAUUGGUUCAGAUGUAUUUACUUUGGAAAAACUUCAAUAUAAUGAAAUAUGUAUUUUUUUCCAUAUCAUUAAGGUUUUUUAUGAAAGCAGAUGUUAUAUUUUAUCCGAAUAUUUAGUAUUUUCAUAGGAUUUAGCUAUAACCGAAAUAGGACCAAUGAAUAAUGUACUCCAAGGUACAUGAUUAUAUUAAAUAUUAUAUAAAUAUCAGUUAUAUUGAUAAAUAAAUGGAAAAUUACGAA